AUGACAUCACACCCACAAAUUGCGUCUGUCGAUCACAUUGAACUUUCGAAACACUGUUCAGAGCAUGAUUGCUGGAUUCUUCUGUUCGACACGGUCUACGAUGUGACUAGAUAUUUGGAAUUUCAUCCUGGAGGAAUUCCACAGUUGAUGAGAGCCGCUGGAUCAGAUGCAACAGAAUUAUUUAAUGAACUCCAUAGAUGGGUUAACUACAAAUCUAUGUUGAAAAAUUGUGUAAUUGGACCUUUUGUCGGACAAAGAGAAAAAUUAGAACCACCUAGAGCUCUAGCUGCUGACAAUGUACAAAUAGGGUCAACAAAUAAUUUAAAUUAA